AUGUCGAGUGAUGAUAAAAAUAAACCUAGUGAUCCCAAGAAUGAGCCCAAGAACUGUGACCCCAGAUGUGAGCAAAAGUGUGAGACCAAAUGCCAGCCCAGCUGUCUAAAGAAGCUGCUGCAACGGUGCUCUGAAAAGUGCCCGCGGGAAAAGUGCCCGCCACCACCGAAGUGCCCGCCGUGCCCCCCGCCGUGUCCCCGGCCAUGCCCUCCGUGCCCUCCGCCAUGCCCGUGCCCCACACCCUGCCCUCCCAAGCUCUGUGCCAAGCCUUGUCCUCCCAAAUGCCCACCGCCCUGCCCACCCCCGGAGUGA